AUGAAUGGGGGCUGUUCUGCCUAGGGAGGAGGACCGCUUUCCCUCUGGCAUGCCUGCAGCCUUAUUUAUUACACACCAAAGUAUAAAACCGCCUGGCCGGCUGCAGCUCUCAUCUCUAGCCCUGGCACUUGCCCGAGGAGACCACUGCGCCUGGAGCCCCAGCCAUCAUCUCCAGGAGGCUGUGUGGCUCUGUUGAGAAUCAUGCUGGGGAGGCAGCUCGUCUGUUGGCACCUGCUGGCUUUGUUUUUCCUCCCCUUUUGCCUGUGUCAAGAUGAAUACAUGGAGGUGAGCGGAAGAGCAAAUAAAGUGGUGGCGAGAAUAGUGCAAAGCCACCAGCAGACUGGCCGUAGCAGCUCCAAGAGGGAGAAAGUCAGAGAGCGGAGCCAUCCUAAAAGUGGGACUGUGGAUAAUAACACUUCUACAGACCUAAAACCCCUGAGACCGGAUGAGCUACCGCACCCCGAGGUAGAUGACCUAGCCCAGAUCACCCCAUUCUGGGGCCAGUCUCCACAAACUGGAGGACUGCCCCCAGACUGCAGCAAGUGUUGCCAUGGAGACUACAGCUUCCGAGGCUACCAAGGCCCCCCUGGACCUCCAGGGCCCCCUGGCAUUCCAGGAAACCACGGGAAUAAUGGUAAUAAUGGAGCCACGGGCCAUGAAGGUGCCAAAGGUGAGAAAGGAGACAAAGGUGACCUGGGACCACGAGGGGAGCGGGGGCAGCAUGGCCCCAAAGGAGAGAAGGGCCACCCAGGGAUUCCUCCAGAGCUGCAGAUUGCAUUCAUGGCAUCACUGGCUACUCACUUCAGCAAUCAGAACAGUGGGAUCAUCUUCAGCAGUGUUGAGACCAAUAUUGGAAACUUCUUUGAUGUCAUGACUGGUAGAUUUGGGGCUCCGGUAUCAGGGGUGUAUUUCUUCACCUUCAGCAUGAUGAAGCACGAGGAUGUGGAGGAAGUCUACGUGUACCUCAUGCACAAUGGCAACACAGUCUUCAGCAUGUAUAGCUAUGAAAGCAAAGGGAAAUCAGAUACAUCCAGCAACCAUGCAGUGCUGAAGCUGGCCAAAGGGGAUGAGGUUUGGCUAAGAAUGGGCAAUGGCGCUCUUCAUGGGGACCACCAGCGCUUCUCCACCUUCGCGGGGUUCCUGCUCUUUGAAACGAAGUAAACAUGUGAAUAGAUGAGCUCCCCUUCAGGGGAGACUUGUAUCUGAGCUGGUAUCUUUAUGUGAGGGACAUUAGAGUUGAAGGUCCGGCAUGUUAUAUGUAAAAAAAAUUUUAAAUUUUAUUGUUACAUUGCUAGCCAUGUUGCAGGUGCACCAGUGAUACGAGAUGACUCAGGGGCUCCGAAGAAUAAACCACAAAACCAUCUUCUCACGUGACCAUAACAAAUACACUCAGCGCUUCUAUCACUUUUUCCCUAAAAAGAGAGCACCCCUCUUCACACAGGUUCCCAACAGAGAAAUCAUUUGCAAAGAGUUUUAGCUGCUCUGUCUCUAAUAGCAUCUUUUAGGAACCUCUGAAGUUUGGGGGUCAUCAUUCUUGAUACCAUUUCAGAGAAUAGGAUGCAGUGAUUUUGAUGGGGCCAGGGCAAGAACAGGCACUUGCUAGGACCUGGGUAUCAGAAACAUUUAUGGAACCUAGAGUAGGAAGCAACACUUUGAUCCAGUGGGUCAAUAUUCAUGAAUAAAGUAUAUCUGCAUAUAUAGUUUUUAGUGAGUGGUUCAUGUUAACUCUUAGAUAGCAAAAGUAUUCACAAUGCUGACAAAAAAGACUCCACCUUCUUUAUAAGGAUACUACUGUUAUUAAAUCUUGAUUUCUAAUCACUUGGAGUUUUUGAAAUAGAAUUUUCUCAUGAUCCAGAAUUGGGCUUAUUGAUAUAUCUGGCUUUAUCAGAUUGGCUCAUUCCCAUCAUGCUUCUUAGAUUAUAACAGACUUCGGCCUGUAGCACAGGUAUAAUCACCUUUUCCCUCACUUUAGAAAUCCCCUUAAUAAACUUUACAUACACCGACAUGCCAUGUUAAGGGAGCUGUAACUCAGUUACAGAGAGUCAAACUGAGAGAUACAAAGUAUAAAUAUUCCACUUUGGAGACAUAAGAAAAUCUCAACUUUUUAAAAAAUAAAAUAUGAUGACUUCCUUGAUUAGGUAAUAGUCACAGAGCAGCUGUGCCAUUGACUUCUGCCUAUUCCUCCCCAAACAUCAUUCCUAAAGGAUUACAUUUGCCACUGAAAUGCUAUUCAUGAGAAUGUGCUAUAAGUUUUGACGAUGGUACCAAAAAUUGGUUUAUUUUAAGCAAAGAAGCAUCAUUGGAAUAUGUGUUUAUCCUGAUAUUGGAUAAUAUUUAAAUGGCAUUUCUCCUCUCUGAGAAAUAACAUAUAAUUGAUUCCUUUAGAAAUAAUGAGCCUUAUUUUAUUUUCUGUUAUGGUUUGAACAGGAAACUAGAGCUUUAACUUUGGGCUUACUUGUAUCUAUAACCCCCUACAGCUAGGAGCUGAGGGAAUUAGAGCUGCCCUGCUAGUUAACUUAGUGUGCUCCAUGCUCACUUCAGUCUUUGAUACUUUCCUUUUGAUGUAAUAUUUCAAGACUCUUCUUGAAUCCAAUGCAAUGCUGUUUUAAAUGGAUAUUAGCCCAAAUUCACUUGACUCAUAAAGUUUUUGAGGUUUGCAUAUUCCCCUCACACCUACCCCCAAGGGACCGUGUUGUUGUGUGUGGGGUUGGGGUUUACUAUUACCCAAUGUCAUAAAUAUUUUGUAUAAGUGAAAUGUCAAGAGAUAUUUGAAUAUUCCUUGUUGCCCAAGUGGAUUCCAGAUCUAAAGAACAUACACUACCAGUAAAGUGGCUUAGAGGAAGGUAUUGGCCUGGCUUUAGAUAACUCUGAGACAAGGAAAAUGUAAUAAACAUUAUAUGGAAAUAGAAAUACCUUUGUAAAAUGGACUGUUUUAUAAUGUUUUUAAUAAAGUUGAAUAGCUAUACAAUUGUAAUUCACUGUGGUUUGCUAACACAAAGCUAAAAUAUUUUCAUGCAGCUAUGUGAAUGGUCUUACAAUUGAUGACGUAGGCACAGAGCAGAAUCUCUUGACUAUAAAAAAAUGACACUUUUCAGUUAUUUCAUUGUUAUAACUCCAACCCUCUGAGUCUUUAAGAAACGGAUAUUAUUUC